CCGGGCAUGACAUGCGCUCACUGCCAACACCCUUGUUCUCAAUAUGUGACCCGCCGUGACAAUCCAAACGGCAACGCCGGUCGUCCGUACUUCAUCUGUCACAACUGCAACAACAGCUGGUCCACAUGGAACGACACGCGCGGGAUCAGCCCAUCGAAUCCGCCUUGCAACUGCGGCGUCCCCAGUCGGCAAGGCAAGUCAGGCGUUGGAGCGGCAUGGGAAGGUUAUGGAUUCUGGGUCUGUGCUAAGGGCAGUUGCCAGUAU